AUGGGCGAUGACAUAAAGGAGAAGAGAAGAUUUCAAUAUAGAGUUGAUAUGAAGCACGAAACUGUAAAGCAACUGCCUUAUCUUCGGCAAGCGACGAGCUUCUCAAAACUUUUGACAACCAAGCAAACGACAUUAUCCCAAACACUUGCUGCUUUAACGGAAAUUCAAAAUCAGGAAUAUGGUAAUGCUAACAUUAGCACGACUGAACCAAAGAUCAAUGCUAUACAACACUCUACCCGACUUUACAAACAUUCAAAGCUUUAUCCAUCGUCCACGAGUCUCAAUAAUCUCCUGACUACCGAGAAUGCACAGUCAACGAAUCCUCAGAGUGGCGACGUUGGGAAUUCAUUGUCCGUACUUCGGGAUGGGGUCCCCGACGACUUUGAGUACUAUGCUGCAGGCCUGAAUUCAUUUCAGAAAGUAAAAGAUAUGUUGUCGAGUGCCGAAGGAGGUUGGGUUUAUAACCCGAAAGCAUCAUUGCAGACGAUGCGCGUAGAGCUUUGUCGAACGAUUUGGACGUUUGCUGAGAGCGAGGAGGAAUAG